GAGGGGCAGCGGAGGAAGCCCGAGGGAGGCCGACGGAGCCCGAGGGAGUCCGAGGGAACGGUGGCGGCGCGAGCUGGAGGCGGCCGGCCCGUGCUCGUCGGCCUCCGGCUCAACUGACCGCGGGCAGGCCCGCCGGAGACGGGCGGGCGGGAGGCUCGGAGCUUGUUUAAUGAAAAGUGCCAUACAUUGAAAAACCAAACAUGAGGGUAGCAGGUGCUGCAAAGCUGGUGGUGGCGGUGGCAGUGUUUUUACUCACAUUUUAUGUUAUUUCUCAAGUGUUUGAAAUAAAAAUGGAUGCAAGUUUAGGAAAUCUGUUUGCAAGAUCAGCAUUGGAUGCAGCUGCACGUGCUACAAAGCCUCCUAGAUAUAAAUGUGGAAUUUCAAAAGCUUGCCCUGAGAAGCACUUUGCUUUUAAAAUGGCAAGCGGAGCAGCCAACGUGGUGGGACCCAAAAUCUGCCUAGAAGAUAACAUUUUAAUGAGUGGCGUUAAGAAUAAUGUUGGAAGAGGAAUCAAUGUUGCCUUGGCAAAUGGAAAAACAGGAGAAGUAAUAGACACGAAGUAUUUUGACAUGUGGGGAGGAGAUGUGGCACCAUUUAUUGAGUUUCUGAAGAGCAUACAAGAUGGAACAAUAGUGCUGAUGGGAACCUACGAUGAUGGAGCUACCAAACUCAAUGAUGAGGCACGGCGGCUCAUUGCAGAGCUGGGCAGUUCUUCAAUCACUAAUCUGGGCUUCAGAGAUAACUGGGUCUUCUGUGGUGGGAAGGGCAUUAAGACAAAAAGCCCUUUCGAACAGCACAUAAAGAACAACAAGGAUACCAACAAAUACGAGGGAUGGCCUGAAGUUGUGGAGAUGGAAGGAUGCAUCCCCCAGAAGCAGGACUGACGAGGAAGCAUGGAACCCGGAAUGCAGCCACUUUGGCCGCUGUUGGCUGAGCUCGAAAGGAGAAACCAUGUGUAAAUAUUUUACGAGCAUGCCACAGUCUUGGUGUACGCAUGAGCAUUAUGUCUUUUGCCAUCGGGAGUAUUUAUUACUAACGUAAAUGGAUAUCUUUGUAAAUUGUCAAGCCCAGCAAGCGCGUCACUGAUUCCUAAGCGGAUCUCCCUGCGAGAACAGUGUGCAGACUGCUCUGGAGGUAAUGCGCUGUAACUCUGAAAACAGACGGACAGAAAACCAGAUUGUUGAAACUGUACUGACAUGUAUACUGGUUGCUGAGAACAUCUGUCAUGGGAUAGUACCAGAUCUUAGAGAAGAGACUUGGUUUUCUUUUCUAUAAAUCAUAUGUGUUUAUGUUAGU